AUGGAAGUCAACCAAGUCAAGAAAAGCCGUUCAAUUAAUUUUCACAAUAUUCAAAUAUAUUCUUUUCAACGUGAACAAGGUAAUUGUGCUGUGCCCACAUCUGGUGGCUGUACACUUGGAAUGAGCGGGACUCAUUCAGAAGUACAAACAUAUAGUGCAGCUGAAAUCGAAUUAGAAAUUGUGGAGAGUGAAAAUCAAUGCAAUGGCGCAAAUGGUUUGCCUAUUCGAAUUAACAAGAAAAAUAAAUCUUUAAGACCACUUACGCCAUCUCGAAGACGCUCCAUUUUACAAACAGCAGGCAUAACCAAAAUUGACAAAACCGAGGAAAAAGAGUGUAAAGAUAUACGAAAAUCUCGAUCGAAUUGUGGUUGUUGUUGUGAAGACAUUUGCCUACCGGAAACUUGUUCCUGUAAUCAAGCAGGAAUAAAAUGUCAGGUUGAUAGGGCAAUGUUUCCAUGUGGCUGUUCACGUGACGGUUGUACAAACACAUUCGGUCGAGUGGAGUAUAAUCGCGCCCGUGUUCACGCAUAUUGUAUGAAAACCAUUAAUCGUCUAGAGAACAAUCCAGCUGAAAAAAUCUCCAAAAUUGAACAGUUGAGCUUAAACUUCUUAGCGGAGGAGGAACCACCUAAAAAAAAUCCAGAAAUUGAAAUAUUAACCACAAAUUGA